ACGCACGCAUGGAGACGAAUACGUCAGACUGACAACUCGUAAUAUGUUAAUGGCUGGUCGCCUAGCUUGAACCAGGACGGCAUAUGCUCGUCGGGAUUCCACGAAACGAAACUAGGAAGUAAAGCGACUCCGCAAAAAGGCUGUACUACAAACAUGGAUACGGCGCACCUUCUGAAAUGUGUUCAAAAGUUCAAAAUCUUUUAGGAGAGCCACAAACGCGUUUCAUGCGUAAACUGGAUUUGCAAUAUAGUGCCUACAUUGGUCCCAACACGCUGCCAUUCAGUAACCGGAUUCAGUGUAGAACCACAAAGGCAUAAAUGGCAGAACCAGUGGCAUCAAAGACCAUUGCUUUUAAAAACCUGUGUUGCAGCAACUGUGAAGUAGAAAUACAAGACCUUGUGAUUUUAUCAUGUUACCAUGCCAUCUGCAAAACCUGUCUCAAAACUGGUGAACAAAUAAGGGAUGAAGAGAAGUCAGUCACAUUGUGUCCAGUAUGUAAAACAGAAGUCACCUCAGCAGCUGGACCUAAUGCUCUCCGCUCGCAGCUGAACACAUGUAUCAGUCGAGUGUUUGGUUUGUUAGGAAACGGCUUACCAAAGACUGAAACAAGUAACUGUAGCAUCUGUUGUUUGCGGAACCAGCUCAAUGAAGCGACCCACCAGUGUCUCGACUGUGCUGAUGUUCUUUGUGAUCUCUGCCAGAAAGGCCACAAUGCAUCACGGAUCACCCAUGCUCAUCGAGUAGUGGCCAUUGAAGAUGUGAAAAGUGGGAAGUAUGUUGUUACAGCACAGACAACCCUGCCUUGUAGUAACAGUGCACAUAAGAGAGCCAAUUGUGCUUACUUUUGCCAGAUUUGUGUCUCACCAAUGUGCGAAUACUGCCUCCUGUUCGAACACAAAGGUCAUCAGAUCCUUCCUUUAGAAGAAGCUUCCAGACAAUGUGGAAAGCAACUGGAAGAACGAUCAGAAAAACUUGACACAUACCUUGCUGAGGUAACGUCAAUGCUUGAAAAGAGCAGCAGUCGGCGUGGGAAUAUUAUUGCAUCACGAGAAGCCACCCUGAACACACUCAGGGAAAAAACACAGGCCAUGGUGGAAUCACUUCAGAAACAGGAGCAGGAGGCGGUGGAAAAGGUGACACGCUUGUGUGAGAAUCAACUCCUUCUUGUCAGUACAAUGAACCACAAAUUGGAGCAAAUUACAAAUCUGUGUCCGAAAGUCUUGUCCCUUACACAUUCAGUUCUUGAAGCCAGAGAGGAUCUCCAAUUCCUCCUUCUCUGUAAGGACCUUGAGAAAUGUUUCGAAGAAAGCGAACAUUUACAGGAUUCGAUAGAAACGUUUGCAAUAAAAUGGAAAAUACCUAAGUUCAAGGUACAGUGUGAUUUUCCAAAUAAUUCGGUUAUCGGCGUAAAACAGUCAUUUGUCAGUCCACAACUUCUUCAAGGAGAGAGCAAAGAAAGAGGUGUCUUGUCAGGAGAAGAUUCAGACAGACGUCAGAUCAUUUCCGCUACUUCAGGUGGUAAACAUUCAAACAGCUCAUUGAAAGCUGAAGAAAAUUCCACGCUGAAACAAGCUCAACCCACGGGGCCACAAAAAUUGAAAGGAGGCAACAAGCAACACAUGGCCACAAAGGAUGAAUUGGAGGUCUGUAGUAAUGGAAUCCUGACUACUGACACAUUCCUUAGUAAUGAUACCAAUUGGGCAUCAGCUUCUUCAAAACUUGAUGCUGCUGAAUCACCUGAAGACCCCGAGGAUGUAUUCCAUCUAGCCAAAUCUCUGGUGAUAGUUGCUGAAGAAGGAAAGAUGCUGACAAACAGUUUUCCAAGACAUCCAACCACUGUCAAGUGCAAAGAGCCUGGUCGUGGCAUUGGGUCGAGAUUGGAAGAAGGUGAUGUGCGGACCUCUCAAGGACGUGGUGUGCCUAUGAUUAAUCCAGUUCUCCGGGACAUAGGGUCACCUCUGGAUGGACAAUAUGUCCAAUCUGCUGUCCCUGAAAACACAUGUAGAACCCAAGGUCGAAGCAAUGGUGUCGGAUCUCUCCGACUAGAAAAAACAAAAGUUUAUCAUUUAAGAGUGGUAAAUGAUGAAACAGAUCCAGAGAUCAAAGGUUUGGCAGUUGCCUUAGGUAAUACCACCAUCGCAGACAACGGGAAUAAGAAGAUUCGUCUGAUUGAUAAGAAGGGACAUUCGGCAAACAUGAGCAAGAACGUAUUGAAGGACAACAUUCCUACCCACGCCCUUGUCCAUCUUGGGCAUAUGGUUGUUUAUAUUUGUGGUGCUUGCAUCUACAUUGCUGAUAAAUCUCUAAGAGCCCAGCGGGUAGUACCACUGGAAAUCAGUAAAUCAGCCAGUCAGGGUCUCAUUCUGUGCAAAUACACAGAUACCUCUUUUAUGGUCGGAAAUCUCCCUGAGAACUUGGUGCGCGUGUAUAAUAGCAAUGGUCAACUGACGUCGGUGAGAAAGGCUCCUGUUGAUGGCCCUAUAAAUGCAAUGUCUCUGAGUAACGAGGAGCAUGUUCUGUUCAGCUGCCCCGGUGCUGUGUUCCAGAUCCAAAAGUAUGGCAAUCUAUCUCAAGUCUUCAAACCUCCAAAUGUCCCUGAUUGGUAUCCAGAGGGCACCUGCGUGGAUAAGAGGAAUAACCUGUAUGUUGCUAAUCCCCGCCAGAAUCGGAUCCACGUGUUUAGCGCUGGGGGUGAACAGCUCUACCUUCAUUCAACCUUGAGUGAUAAUCUGGUGUCACCUCGGUGUUUAGCAAUAUCGUCAAACAGACUGUUUGUGUCGGGAAAUCACCCACAUCUGUUUGUGUUUACCAUUCUGGAUGUAGACAAAUAGGAUCUUGAAGACCUGAAUCAGAGCUACAGAUAAGCAGCGUAUUUGCGUAAAAUACCCCUCAAAAUAUUCAAAACCCAAUUACCGUAUUCGACGUAAUAAGCCCCCCGCUCUAAUAAGCGCCCACGGCGAUAUUUG